GGCCGGAAAUGACGCUGCGGUUCGCGCGGAGGCGGUGGAGCCGGGCCGGAGCCAUGUCAGCGGGAGGCGGCGGGCAGCGCGACGCUGGGACCGCGGGCGGGCGGCGCAGCAAAUGGGAUCAGCCCGGCCCGGCCCCCGCCUUCCUUCUCUCUGGCGCGGCCCCGCUGCCCGGGCGGCCUUUCCCCGGCGGCGGAGAUGGCGGCACCGCCGUGGGGGUCUCCGAGAGCUCCGCGGCUCCGUCGGGGGCCCUGGAUGCGGCCGCGGCUGUGGCCGCGAAGAUCAACGCGAUGUUAAUGGCCAAAGGGAAGCUGAAGCCGGCGCCCAACACGGCGGAUAAGCUGCAGGCUUUGGGGAAAGGCCCGGCCACAAAUAAAAGCAAAGAUGACCUCGUGGUGGCAGAGGUGGAAAUCAACGAUGUGCCCCUGACGUGCAGAAACCUCCUGACGAGGGGGCAGACCCAGGAUGAGAUAAGUCGACUGAGUGGAGCGGCUGUCUCUACUCGAGGGCGAUUCAUGACUGCAGAGGAAAAGGCAAAAGUGGGACCUGGAGAUCGCCCUUUGUAUCUUCAUGUCCAGGGUCAGACGAGGGAGCUGGUUGACAGGGCUGUUAAUCGUAUUAAAGAGAUAAUUACUAACGGAGUAGUGAAGGCUGCCACAGGUUCUAGUCCAACAUUCAAUGGAGCUACAGUGACUGUGUACCACCAGCCAGCCCCCAUCACUCAGAUGUCUCCAGCAGUUGGUCAGAAACCUCCAUUCCAGUCAGGGAUGCAUUAUGUUCAGGACAAAUUAUUUGUUGGUCUGGAACAUGCUGUACCUACAUUUAAUGUGAAGGAGAAGGUGGAAGGGCCUGGUUGCUCCUACUUGCAGCAUAUUCAGAUUGAAACAGGUGCCAAAGUCUUUCUUCGUGGAAAAGGCUCAGGUUGCAUAGAACCAGCAUCAGGCAGAGAAGCUUUUGAACCCAUGUACAUCUACAUCAGUCACCCAAAGCCAGAAGGUUUGGCAGCUGCUAAAAAGCUGUGUGAAAAUCUAUUGCAAACUGUUCAUGCUGAAUACUCUCGAUUUGUGAAUCAGAUAACUACAGCUGUACCUUUAGCAGGCUUUGCACAGCCUGCUGCUAUAAAUAGUGUUCCUUCUCAGCCAUCGUAUUACCCUUCCAAUGGAUAUCAGUCUGGUUAUCCUGUCGUUCCCCCUCCUCAGCAACCGGUUCAGCCUCCAUAUGGCGUACCAGGCAUAGUUCCACCUGCAGUGCCAAUGGCACCAGGAGUCUUAACGACAUUACCUACAGGAGUUCCACCUGUGCCAACACAGUAUCCAAUAUCUCAAGUACAGCCUCCAGCCAGCACUGGACAGAGUCCACUGAGCGCUCCUUUCCUUCCUGCUGCUGCCCCUGUAAAAACAACCUUGCCAGCUGGUACACAGCCACAAGUCCAACCCCAUCCCCAAGGCCAAAAGAGGCGCUUCACCGAGGAACUGCCUGAUGAGAGGGAGUCAGGACUGCUGGGAUAUCAGGUACAGGCUUCUCCAGUCAGAGUGAAAUCGAUGGAGCCGGGUCGAAGCCAGCAAGUUCCUCAGGAAAGGAGAGAGAGAGGGACAGGCAGUUGAUGCCUCCACCAGCUUUUCCUGUCACUGGGAUGAAAUCAGAAUCUGAAGAAAGAAAUGGUGUGGGGUCUUUACCAGGCAGCCAUGGUGAGUGCAAUGAGUAGAAGACGUUUGUCAGCUGAGUUUGCAGUGGUCUUAAUGCUCAUUUGGGUUGGUGAUUGGUUUGUGUGUCCUUUUUACUGCAUUCAGUAAAAGGGAGGUCAUGGCUCUGUUCUAAAGUCACUGUGAUUCCACACGGUGCUUCUCGUGAAGCUUUAAUAAAUACCUCUAUGAACGAUGAGGGUGUGAUGAAGGCAGAAGGACUGAGCUUUGACCCACAGUCAGCACAGAAUCUCAUGGGAUUGCGCUGUAACAGAUGUCGUGUGGCUUUACAUUGUGUACAGCUAUCUCUAGGAGCACUGAGGAGUAUCAGUGGCAGUUAUGGUUCAGGUGUGUAUUUACAGACAUGAGUUCUGUCAACCCUGUCUGCAAACAGAAGCGUUAUUAGACUUCCUCCUCUCAUAGGGCUGUCACACGUUGAGUAUCUGCAGCUUGGUAAUACAUGAAAUCACUUUAACUCUCCUGGUAGUUUAGUGCCUUCCAUACCAGGCCUGCAGGUGGAUCGUGUUAGUUUGUUUAACCUUAGUUUCUCUGCAGUAUUGCUCCCAGAGAUUGUUCUUCUAGCUUUCUUUUGAGCAAAAGUUCUGCUUUUCUUUACGUAUUGCUCUCUAAAACGGUGCAGUUGCCAUCACUUUGACCCGUUUGCUAACUUUACCUUUCUUGUGUGUUUCUUUCUUCUUUCUCUGUUCUCUUACAUGGUUCUGAUGGAUCACAUGUGCUGUUGCUGGUGCUGUUUCGUGUGGCCUUCGACCUUGGAUGACCAUUGGCCUUGUGACCUCAAAAUGGUGUCCAACUAACGAUUUACAAUUAACAUCUUUUUUUAUUAACUUGUUUUGGGGCAUUUUAUCUCCCUCUAUUUUUAUUUUUCCUUCUUGGGGGCUGGGGGGGAUUGUUCUGUUUUCCCCCCAUAGAUCAUCAAGCAAAGAAGAUGAAAACAUCCGAGAAGGGCUUCGGAUUGGUGGCAUAUGCUGGAGAUUCAUCCGAUGAAGAGGAGGAACACGGUGGCCAUAAAAAUGCAAGUACUUUUUCACAGGGGUGGAGUUUGGGAUACCAGUAUCCUUCCUCACAACAGCGAGCCAAACAACAGAUGCCAUUUUGGAUGGCACCAUAAAAGCUACAGAACUGUCUUCAUUCAUCUCUUAUUAUUAUUAUUUUUUUUUUUUUCCUCUAGCAAUAAUGCAUGUAUAUCACAAAAGGAACUUUGCAAAUACGCAUUGUUUUUACAUUUGCAGAAGCUAAAGGUUCAGUGUUUCCGCCUUGAAAAAGGGCUCCAUUCUUUUUCAACUCUUUAUUUCUGCAGUGAAUUUGUCACCUGUGGGGAAACAUUUGAGAUAGCAUUUGGCCAGGGCCAGUCCCUGACAGCCUGGGGGAAGGUUCUGGAAGGAGAAACCUGUCGCUCCCUUUCCCAUUUUUCCAGGCUAACUUAAAAAAAGGAAACUGUCAGCCACGCUGACCUCACGGCCCACCUGGUGGUGUGUUUUAUUUAGUGCUCCUGCUGUCAGCCCGCGCUCACGGCCCCAUUAAUGGUGACUGUGGGUUCAGUGUUUGGACUUCCAACAAAGGGAAGCAGCAUCCAAAUAGGGCAGAAAUGGGCUGGAUUGCGUUUCUUGAAGCCGAUGAUUUUUUGCUUUCACUUUAAGCACCUCCUGCCGGGACUCCACGUUGCGUUUCCUUUGCAAUGUGGUUCGUCUCACCCCACGACUUCUGCUUCCAGCCAAGCGCUGGAGGGGGGUGGGGGGGUUCGGUCCUUGUUGGCUUCGUCCUGCUGCUGCCCCCCGCUGCCGUGCUGCUGUCACAGAUCCUCGCCCGCCUCCUCCAUUCCGCUCAGCAGUUCGUAUGGGACCGCUUCCCCGAGCUCCUCCCCCCUCUCUUAACUCGCUUUGAUUCCACCCGUUCUGUUUGGCGCUGCUCAAACAAGGAGAGAACGGCGGCGGUGCGUUCGGCGCAGCUGCCGCUGUGGGGGGGAGGAGCGGAGCGAUGUCGUUACGGACACAAAGCACAGCGCGGGCGGUGGUGGCGGGGCGGAGUGCUGCGCAGCUCAUGGGCUGUGGGGCAGCAGCAGCUCCUGGAACAGCAGGGGUGGCUCCGAGCCAUCGGCGCCGGGAGGGGCUGGCACCUUUGUACAAACACUGACUUUCCUAUGUCUUGUAAAUAAUUAGAACCAUGCUUUCGUUAUAAAUAAAUGUAUAAAUGAUGUACAAA